AUGAAGACGACAUGGCUCAAAAAGUUAGAGACGCGGCAUCCUGAGGGCAUGUCAAAUGCCGAGCUGCAAAUCGCCAAUGAAGAUCUCUUGCCGAUGGCCCCGGAGAAGCGGACAUGGACACAUCUUAGCUUUGUCAACUUCUGGAUCUCAGAAGGGUUCAACCUGAAUACGUUUACAAUGUCAUCUACGCUUGUGGUGAAUGGCCUGACAUGGUGGCAGGCCUUUAUCUGUGUCAUUGUUGGUUAUGCGCUCGUCGGGCCCUACUUGGUCCUGAAUGCACGGCCCGGUGCUGUCUUUAAUAUCAAGUUUCCCACUGUGUGUCGAACCACCUUUGGCAUGUUUGGAUGCUAUUGGCCCAUCAUCAACCGUGCUGGCAUGGCCUGUAUUUGGUCAGGCGUCCAAGCAUGGCUCGGUGGCGAGUGUGUUCAUGUCUUUCUACGUUGCAUUUGGCCCUCUAUCGACUCCCUUCCAAAUAUCAUGUCGCCUACCUCCCAGACUACCUCCGCCUAUAUCUUGUGCUAUGUGAUCUAUUGGAUUUUAAUGCUCCCCACGAUCUGGGUGCCACUGCAUCAGCUUCGCCACCUUUUCACGGCGAAAGCCAUUGUCGGCCCAAUUGUUGGCUUUGCAUUGUUUGGAUGGUCCAUUCACCGUGGGUUUAAGAGCGAUGGCGUGGCUAGCAACUUUUUCCAUCGGCCCUCGGAUCUCGCUGGCUCGGCUCUUGGCUGGCAGAUGACGCGUGGCAUUGCCCUGGCCUUCAAUAACCUCUUUCCCCUGAUUAUCAAUGCGCCAGACUUUGCCUCGCCUGCGAAAAGGCCUAGCGCCGCUGUAUGGCCGCAGCUGAUUACACUACCACUGGUAUUUGCUGUCACCUCGCUGAUCGGAAUUGUGAUUGCCGCGUCUGCGCAGGCGCAAUUUGGGGAAAAACUCUGGGAUGUCGUCAAGAUCAUGGAUCGUAUGCUCGACUUUGAUCAAAGUAGCUCCACACGCGCCGGCCUGGCCUUCAUCUCUCUCGGGUUGGUGUACGUCCAGCUCCUGACGAACGUCGCAGCCAACUCGGUGUCGGCCAGGUGCGAUCUCUCUGCCUUGUGCCCACGCUUCAUCAAUAUUCGUCGUGGCGGUUACUUUUCUACCCUAAUCGCGAUUGUUAUGAACCCAUGGCUUCUCUACACAUCCUCGUCGCAGUUCACUUCCUACUUGGGUGCCUUCAGUGUUCUGCUUUCCUGCAUUGCUGGCCCUAUGAUUGCAGACUACUGGCUGAUCCGACGUGGUCAUAUGAAUGUAGCGCAUCUGUAUUCCCUCGACAAGCAUGGCUGGUAUUGGUACACCUUCGGUAUCAACUGGCGAGCCUAUGCAGGAUACUUUGUGGGCUUUGCCAUGAAUGCGCCCGGGUUCAUCAAUACGGUCAACCCCAAAAUCAGUGUGCCUGUGGGUCUUUUGCACGUAUUUGACCUCGCAUGGUUUACAGGCACAGGGGCCUCAGCGUUGGUGUAUGUGGUCUGCUGUUAUCUGUUCCCUCCACCUGGCAUGACAUCUCAUUUCAAGGAAGUGGAUGUCUCCGACUUUGGCUACGAAUUUCAGGGAGCCUACAACUACGGCACGCAAGGCGAGGCCUUCGAAUCCAUGCUUGAGCCGCUGCCGGACCAUGCCAAGACCGAGUCACCGGCCGAAGAAAAACCGGCUAUCAGCGUGGAAGACUUUCUUCGCGAUAAGGAGGUGUGA